AUGAGCUUAACAGAAGAGGAAGCAGAUAAGAGGCAGGAAGAUAAUUUAAAUAAAGAAGAGGUGAAGAAGAGUGUGCAUAAUGAGGAUGAGGUGAAGAAGAGUGUGCAUAAUGAGGAUGAGGUGAAGAAGAGUGUGAGUGAAGAAGUACGUAGUACAGAGGAGGGGAAGCAGGUAAAGGAAAAUCCAUUUCUUACGACAUCUGUUCCCAAGAAGGAUGAAUUUAAAGCAUGCAGCACGGAAGAGGAGCUUGAUGAAAGUAGUAUAAUAGAAAAACAGGAGAAAUUUCUUGAUGAGAACCAAGAGGACGAGGUAUUGUUUAAAGCGAAGUGCAAGUUGUAUUACUUUGCGAAGGAGACGAAUAGUCUUGAAGAGCGUGCUCAAGGGACGAUGAUUAUUGGAAAGCACCCAAAGACUAAUCUUGUGCGAAUUGUUGUGUUCAGGGAACAGAUUGGAAGACUGGGAUGCAACCAUUACAUCAAUCCUGCGCUUAAGGCACAGGCACACAAGAAGAUGGCGAAUGGAUGGAUGUGGAUGACUACAGAGGAUACUGUUGAGUCUGAUGCAUUGAGGGACAAAAAGCAGCUGCUUGUUGUGAAGUUUAAUUCUGAAGAGGACUCAGUGAGGUUUGGAGAGGAGUAUGAGUCUGGAAGACGCCACAACGAUAUGGUGCUUGAAGAACGAAAGAAUAAAGAUUGA